CCUCCGGGCUUAUCCAUCCCUCCCCACCCUCUUCGUGUCCGGGCCCAGAACGCCGAUCAGGAACCUGUCUGCCAGGCGAGCGAUUUUUUUGGUGACCCGCAUGACGCAACGCAUUGUGGCUGGGAUGCUGUCGUCUGUCUAGUCAACGCAACGCAACCCGCCGUCGGCAUUCAUAGAAACAAAAAAAAAUCUCUCAAUGACUGACUCAAACUUUAGGAGGCGGUCAAUCCCCUCCUGUCUGGUCUUUUGUCAGGGGACAAUUUUUUUCGUGUUGGAUGGAUGGACUAGAUUUUGGGUUGCAUGGGUCAUGAGGGAUAAUUCGACAUGCCACCAGAUCGAAUCAUCUGGCGGAACUGGAUGGGAGAUCUCGAUCCGAGGUCCAUGGUACCAAGAGUUCUUCAGUAGUCAAAACAACGGAGGCGUACGGGAAUCAACCACUGCAGUGGCACAGUGGGUGCCAGGCAGUGUGAGAAGACGAGACGAGACGAAGACCACGUCAACCAUGUCUGCAUGCCUGCGGUUUUCGCCCGGCCUUGAGUUUCUGCAAGAUGCAACGGCGGGUCGGGGAUGGAGGGAAGAACUCGAGGACUCGAUCAUGAUUGGAAUUUUGGGAUGCUCACAUUUGUAGUUAUGGAGAGGCGAGAGGCAGGGUAAUCGUACUGUGUCGAGGGAGGCAGAUAAGCUUGGAGUACUUGAUUUUGGGUGGAAGAAAAGAGAAGAGAGGCUGCAAGGCUGCAAGUCGCGCAUGUCAGUCACAAUACCGUCACAGACUCAUCGACUCUAUUUUCUGAGUCACGGUUGAUGCCGUAAGUGUCUGUAAGUUAGUUAAUAACUAACAAGGAAUAAGUUAACCCCACUACG